CAUGCCUGACAAAGUGUGGAUUUGGUGUGGAUUUAUUUGGCACUUAAAGAGUAUUUAUAAUAUUGUACAUAGGAACUGAUAGGAACUAUUAAAUAUUAUAUUAUUGUUGAACGAAACUAAUUUGUACGUGCAGUGCAGCCGUCUUUUUUAUUUUUACUUUCUUUUCCUCUAUCUUUCGUACUGUUAGAGUACUAUUAUUUAUUCUGUGCUGUAAGGCACUGCUGCAUUUUAGUAUAACACAUAAGAUUACAACAAUGGACAAUUCCGUCAACGACGGCAGAGUGUCAUUUGACCCUGGAUGGAAUGAUCCACCAAAGAUCUCCUUUAAUAGUCAACAAACGCCUCCGAAUCGACCUCGUAACUUUUUGAAUAAAAGAGUUGCCUUUCCCUUGUCAGGGGCUAACACAAGCCCUGCAAGUGCAGCCCCCCUCAAUAUGCCACCGAUGCCAUCCGGUGCGCCCACCACACUGGUUUCACCAAGUGUUACUCAGAGAAUCAUGCCCAAUAACUGUGACAUAACCAUUAAUAGUGAAAGUGUUCUAGUGGAAGUGAAGACUCUUCUACUAGCUUUAUUAGAAAGCAGCAGUGAGCUGGGAGCCAAAGCAAAUGAUAUAAGAAGAAGGUUAGAUGUUAUGGAACAAAUGUGGAUGGAUGGAAAAUUAAAUCUUGAAGUACAAGCACAAAUGAAGGAGCUUGCCCAUGCUCUACGGGAAGAUGAGCCUAGAAAAGCAGAUGAAAUCCACAAAGCUCUGAUGGUGAAUGAAGUGAGCAAAGUGGGUGUCUGGAUGCCAGGAGUCAAGCAACUGAUUCAUCAUUCCAUAGCUCGAUCUGAGCUGCUUUCUAUAGACAAGCAGUGACAUCUAACCUAACAGUGCCAUUGUAUAGCACUAAGUGACCCGUAAAACCACCCAACUAUAAGCCAGUCCACAAGUGUAAUACAAUAGUACAUAUCAAUACCAAUCUUCUGUUAGUACUUGAGUUUUUCUUCAUUUUACCAAAAUAUUUUUGAACUGUGACAUUCAAUAGUUACUUACGACUGUAAGUAGGUGAGAGUCAGAAUGGCGGGUGUACCUAAAUAAAAUUAAAUGAAAACCAUA